CCCAUUUUACUCAAGAAUGGAAGACGAGCGGGUGUUGUAUUUCAGAAAACAACUGUCUUCUGAACUGAGGAAACACUUCAACUGCUCAAGGCAAAGUGCACAUCUUUCAGGUUUAAAUGUUGAAAUGGACCAAAGACUAAACUCAACGAUAAAAUUGAAUGUGAUGGCCCUUGGGACCAGACCAGGACAUACUCAACCCAAACUUCAGGAGAGGGAGCAGUGGGGCAAUAAGAUUGAGUUCAUCCUGGCAGUGGCCGGACACAUUGUCGGUCUGGGAAACGUCUGGAGGUUUCCAUACCUUUGCUACAAAAAUGGAGGAGGAGUUUUCUUCAUUCCUUACAUUUUGUUUUUGUUUACCUGUGGCAUCCCACUCUUCUUUCUUGAAACAUCUUUGGGCCAGUACACCAGUCAGGGUGGAGUAACAUGUUGGAGGAAAAUCUGCCCUCUUUUUGAAGGCUUAGGUUAUGGAAGCCAAGUGGUUGUUUUGUACACUGGGGUGUAUUACAUCAUUAUACUGGCUUGGACGUUUCUCUACCUGUUUUCAUCCUUCAGGUCUGAGCUUCCAUGGGCGAGUUGUAACAACAGCUGGAACACAGAUGGCUGUUUUGAGCAUGGUCACAAUCAAACAUCCCCACUGCACCUGUAUGGAAAUGGCACUUCUUCGGUUAUAGAAUUUUGGGAGAGGAGAAUCUUGGGCCUGUCAGGUGGCAUUGAGAAAAUUGGCAAUGUUCGUUGGGACCUGGCCCUUUGUCUUCUUCUUGCCUGGCUGUUGUGUUACUUCUGUGUCUGGAAUGGAGUAAAGUCCACAGGAAAGGUGGUCUACUUCACUGCCACAUUUCCGUAUGUUAUGCUGGUGGUGCUGCUUGUUCGUGGUCUUACAUUACCAGGGGCCAAAGAUGGAAUCAUGUUCUACCUCUACCCAGACCCAUCCCGCCUCACUGAUCCGGAGGUAUGGAUGGAUGCUGGCAGCCAAAUUUUCUACUCCUAUGGAGUUUGCACAGGUGUUCUGACAUCAUUAGGAAGUUACAACAAGUACAGCAACAACUGCUACAGAGACUGUGUUUACCUGUGCUUGUUAAACAGUUUAACAAGCUUUGUAGCCGGCUUCGCCAUCUUUUCUGUGCUCGGUUUUAUGGCAAAGGAGCAAGGUGUGGAUAUAUCAAUGGUGGCUGAAUCAGGUCCAGGUUUGGUAUUCAUUGCUUACCCUCGUGCUGUGGCACUGAUGCCACUUCCUCAGCUCUGGGCCAUUUUCUUCUUCAUUAUGGUCCUCUUCUUAGGAUUAGAUAGUGAGUUUGUAUGUCAAGAGGCAUUGGUCACAACUAUCUCGGACAUGUAUCCCGACUUCUUUCAAAGCAAUUGUCGCCGUAAACUCCUUCUUCUUGCCAUUUCUGUUGGAAGUUUCUUUGCUGGCCUUAUGAUGGUCAUGGAGGGAGGCCUUUAUAUCUUCCAGCUCUUUGACUACUACGCCUGCAGUGGGAUGACACUCCUGCUCUUUGCUGUUCUUGAAUCUGUCUGUAUUGGAUGGAUCUAUGGUGCAGAUCGUCAGUAUGAUAAUAUAAAGGACAUGAUUGGGUAUCGACCCUGGGCUUUUAUGAAAUACUGUUGGCAGUACUUCACACCAGCUAUCUGUACUUGCACAUUUCUCUUCUCCUUGGUCAAAUAUACUCCGCUGAAAUUCAACAACACUUAUGAAUACCCCUGGUGGGGCUAUGCCAUUGGAGGAUUUUUCACUCUCUCUUCAACACUUAUGGUUCCUUUGUGGAUGCUGUACGCUGUAAGUGUCACUCCAGGAACACUGAGACAGAGACUGAAAGUUCUGUCCACUCCAGCAAAUGACUUACCUACUGCAAUGCAAAAAAAGGCAUUAAAUACAGAAGCAUUUCAGACUUUCACAGGAUUAUACACACUGUGCACGACAGACAGACCCAAUGACAAAGGCAAAAGAGCUCAGAGAUCAUCCAUUGUCUAAAAUGCAACAAUAAAGUACUGGAAUAAUAAGACUGAGGAGUGCAGGUUCCAAGCAGUUUUACUUGUCAGCCAAACUGCCAAAAAUAGCUAUUGUGAUCUGAUUUUUCAGGCUGUGAAUGUAAAUAUACUGUGUAUCUGAUUUAUGUUAUAGAUGAUUUUAAAAAUCACACUGGAAUAAUUUUGGAAGAGUGCUUAUUAGUCCCUGUUAACAUCACACAAACACAUGCUUUUCUGUUCAAUUGUUUUUACCUUCAGUUAGGUAUUUGAUAACUAAGCCUCUUUAAAACUGAAAAAAAUUAACCUUGAGUACUUCAUAGCAACAGAGUGGUUCUUAGAAUACGCAUCUUUCCACAGAAUUCCUGUUCCUUGCCACCCCAGGCACUCCCUUUUCAAAAGCGUAAUUUGCCUAAAACCUAUUAUUUUUUCAUGUACAAAGGGAUUUUUGUAAAGUAUAUUGUACCUUUUAAAUAGAUUAGAUCUACUUUAUGAAAUUUAUUUUUUUACAUUACUUGCUUUUUUACUCUGUAACAUUAUUACUUUACCUUAUGAGUAAUACAAGAAUCACAGAUGUAUCUAACACCUGUAAUACAGGUCAUCACCUAUUCCAAGGUUUGGCCUCUGGGAGGCGCUGCAGGUCUCUGUUAAAAAACGUCCUCCUUUGAAACCAAUGAAUUUCCUGCUGCAAUAAGGUCUUCAACCUAUGCCCCUUAUGGACAAUGUGUCACUUUAACAUUUUAUUCCUACCUGUGAAUACUGAGAAUAUUGUAAAAUUUGUUUUAUGAGUUUAAUCCAACUGCAAAAUUAUACUGAAAACUAGUCUAACCAGCCCACCUUGUGUGGACUUUAAAGUAAGGGGCUGUAAAGUACUGUAUGUGUGAUUUGCAAUUGAAGUAGUCUUGUGGAUGUUGACAGUAGGUAAUCUUUUUUUCUGCAUUUGGGGUGCAAGUAUGCACCUUGCAUACUUGAAGCUGUACAAAUACAUACAAAUAUCCCAUCCAGUACUGUGUAGAAUCAUCAACGGGUCAUUUAACAUUGUGGUUUGAACUUUUCUUCUUUUUCUAAAUA